AUGGCAGCCGAAGAAGAGAAGGAGUUCUACCUGAGGUACUAUGUCGGGCACAAAGGGAAAUUUGGACACGAGUUCCUCGAGUUCGAGUUCAGACCCGACGGGAAGCUCCGGUACGCCAAUAACUCAAACUACAAGAACGAUACUAUGAUCCGGAAGGAGGUCUUCCUCACCCCCGCCGUUCUCAAGGAAUGCAAACGUAUCGUCUCCGAGAGCGAGAUCAUGAAAGAAGAUGACACAAAAUGGCCGGAACCUGACCGUGUUGGAAGGCAAGAGAUUGAGAUCGUGAUGGGAGACGAUCAUAUCUCCUUCACUACAUCUAAGAUUGGAUCGCUUGUUGAUGUCAAUGGCAGCCAUGACCCUGAAGGACUUCGCAUCUUCUACUAUCUUGUUCAGGACUUGAAAUGUCUUGUUUUCUCGCUCAUCUCGCUGCACUUCAAGAUCAAGCCUAUCUAG